AUGGGGCAUAGCUGCCAGUUGGUUAAGGAAACUCCAUCACUCCCAUUGUUAUUUGUCCUAAUGUACACACAGCAGGAGUCGCUUCAACCUUCCCGGACGUAACAUUAGUGAGGCAGCUGCCAGCGCUCCAUCUUGCGUCCCGUCCAGGGUUCAGUGCUGCGGUGUCAGCUCGCGGGGUCACGUGAUUGGCUGCGAGCAGAAGUGAGGGGAAAACCUUCCACAGCUCAGCACUCGGCACAGUGGCCGCCUGUGUGGAGGAGCGACCGCCGCCGUGUGCCCGCCGGCCUGCCCACCCCGACUCCUCAGGUGGCGUGGUGCUUCCACUGAAUCGUUGCAGUCUGGAUGGUUACACAAACCCGCAAUACGGCUACUGUGGCACAGCCCUGUGCAUUGUCUGGAGAGUCGCAGCUUCAUGAUGUCUUGAUUUAUGACCUGCACUUAAAAUGACAGGUUCUUUCAAUCAGUUACAGAAUUUUUCAGAAUAAAAAUUAAUAAACUGAUCAGACACUUUUCAGUCCCAGCCCCCAGAAUGUUUAUUAGUACUAGGCGGCUAAGAAGAUGCCAGUCUCUGCAGGUUUUGGCAACUUGUUUUGUCAUGUCCUUAAUGUUCAUGUGGGUUCAGCAGGACAAUGUUGUUGUGAGCCACAUAAAGUCCUACUCAUACCGAUACCUCAUUAAUAGCUAUGGCUUUGUAAAUGAAAGCCUGUCUGUCGUACGGGAUAAAUCUGAUUCCCACAGCUUCAAUUACUUGAUCAGCAACAAAGAUAAAUGCCAGAAUGAAAAUGUGCUCCUCCUACUCUUCAUAAAGACAUCGCCUGAGAACCGAAGAAGACGGGAUGCCAUCAGAAGGACCUGGGGUAAUGAGGACUACAUACGUUUCCAAUACAAUGCCAACAUUAAAGUUAUGUUUGCCGUUGGGGUAGAGAAAGAUCCUGCAAAACGUAGUCUGCUCCAAAGGAAACUUGAAAGUGAAAACAAAGUCUAUAAUGACUUGGUACAGCAAGACUUCCUGGACACGUUCCAUAAUUUAACCUUGAAGUUCCUUUUGCAGUUUGGAUGGAUGAAUACAUACUGUCCCAAUGCAAAAUUUCUAAUGACUGCAGAUGAUGACAUUUUUGUGCAUACACCCAAUCUGAUUUCGUACUUGAAAGGGUUGGACCAAAUUGGGGUACGGGACUUCUGGAUUGGUAGAGUCCAUCGUGGGUCUCCACCCGUUAGGAACAAAAAUAGCAAGUAUUAUGUGUCUUAUGAAAUGUACCAGUGGGCAUCCUAUCCUGAUUAUACCGCAGGGUCUGCCUAUGUUGUUUCUCAGGACGUGGCAGCUAAAGUGUAUGAAGCCUCUCAAACGUUAAAUACCAGCAUGUACAUUGAUGAUGUUUUUAUGGGAAUUUGUGCCAAUAAAAUGGGAGUCGUGCCCCAAUAUCACCUAUUCUUUGCAGGGGAAGGAAAGGCCCCUUAUCACCAAUGCAUCUAUAACCGGAUGAUGACUUCCCAUGGACAUCUAGAUGAUGUCCAUUAUCUGUGGAAGCAAGCCACAGACCCAAAAAUAAAAGAGCUGACAUCUGGCUUUUGGGGUGAUGCUUACUGUAAACUAGUGAACACAAUGCUUCUUUGCAGAAUACAAUACAAAAAUACAUACCCAUGUUCUGCAGCAUGGUCCUAAUACUUAAAUAGAUGACAUUUUGACUAAAAUACUGUAUUUUUACGGCCAAUCUCACUAUUGAACUUCAAGCUGUAACACAGUUUUCUAUGUUUUGCGUUACCUUCUGUGUUACGAUUCUGUGUCAUAUUCUUUAUGUGGUCUUCAUGCUGAGUGAAAAGUUAUCCUGUGGAUAGGGGAUAACUGCUAGAUCAGUGGGGGUCUUACUGUGGGACCUCCACCAAUCACAAGAACGGAGACCCUGGAUCCCUCAGGCCCCCCAUUCAUGUCUAAGAGGGUCCCAGAGACAGCCAAGUAAAGCGCUUACCUAUUUCCCGUAGAGGUGAAUGGUGUGGCAGUGUGCAUUCCUGACCUGCCGUUGUGCUCAUUUUGGGGUUGUCUAGGAUCUCUUUCUUAUGAUCGGUGGAGGUCCCAGCAGUUGGACCCAUACCCAUCUAAGAUUUAUCCCCUAUCUUUUAGAUAGGAAAUGCCUUGUCACUACUGGAAUGCCCCUUUAACUCGGACAGAGAGAAAAUCUUUGAAAAUUCAUGUAAUGUAUGAAAGAAAAAAGGGGGGCACUGUACCAGACUACUGUUGAAUUUUAUCGGUGGCUAGUAAUGUAAUGUUUUUAUCCUCAGUUGACACUGAACAGCAAAUGGUAAUCUAGCCCAGGGAUGCCCAACCUGCGGCCCUCCAGCUGUUGUAAAACUACAACUCCCACAAUGCCAUGCUAAAGACCGAUAGCUGUAGGCUGUGCAGGCAUGCUGGGAGUUAUAGUUUUGCAACAGCUGGAGGGCUGCAGGUUGGGCAUCCCUGAUCUAGCCAAUGAACUUUGUAAUGGGUAUGAUUUAGUUGCCGAUACCUUAAAUGCAUCCAACUAGAGGACUUUAUUCAAUGGCUACCAUGAUUGCACAGAUUGAUCAGAAAAUAAAAAAAUGCUUCCUUCCAAAAACGGCAGCACACCUGUCUACAGGUUUUAUGUGGUGUAUUCACGGAUAUGGAGCGAAGCUUCAGGCAGGUGUGGUGCUGUUUUUGCAUGCAGGAAAAGGCCAUUUAGCUAAAACAUACCUCUAAGGCCCCUUUCACACGGGCGAGUAUUCCGCGCGGGUGUGAUGCGUGAGUUGAACGCAUUGCACCCGCACUGAAUCCUGACCCAUUCAUUUCUAUGGGGCUGUUCACAUGAGCGGUGAU